AUGGCACUUAAUAAAAAAGUGGUAGUAUCGGGGAUUUCCCUGAUACUUGUGGUUGGUGCGGUCAUCGGAGCGGUGGUGGCCGUAGUCCACUACCAAAAGAAACCGGGAAGCGAAUCCCUAACAGCGCAGCAGAAGAUGGUGACCCAAAUCUGUAAUUUCACCGACUACCAGCAGGAAUGCCAGAAGAGCCUCGGCCCCGUCUCACAAAAUAACAACGCCAAGUUUAAGGACUACGUAAAGGCCGCAUUGAUGUCCAUCUCUGAGGAGGCCAACAAGGCCUUGAACACGUCCGAGUCACUUCUUGUCGACGCCAAAAAUGGCACCUCCGCCAAGAGGACGCUCGAGGAGUGCAAGGACAUGUUGAAGGAAGCUGUUGCCGAGGUGCAGGCGGUGUCCUCGUACGUGGGCGAUGCUGACAUGCACACCAUGGAGGACCGCGUGAUGGAGCUCAAGGCCUGGAUUGGAAGCGUCAUCAGUUAUUCCACCACCUGCCUUGAUAUAAUUGGCGAAAACGACCACAACCUCUAUGAGGCAUUGAAGGACCCCAUCGGCAACACCUCUGCCAACACAGACAAUGCAUUGGCCAUCGUUGGAACACAACGCCGGCUUUUGCAAAACGAGCUCCGCAGCGACGGGAUCCCGACGUGGUUCUCCGUUUCCGACCGCAAGCUCAUGGGGUUGCAAGACAACGGGAGGUUGAGGCCUCACGUCGUUGUUGCCAAGGACGGGUCUGGCCAGUACAAGAGCAUCAACGACGCGCUUAAGGAGUACCCGUACGGACAGAGAGGGCGAUACAUUAUUUACGUCAAGGCCGGAGUUUACAAUGAGUAUGUUUACGUGGACAAGAAAAUGAUCAACGUCUACAUGUACGGAGAUGGACCCAGAUCCACCGUCGUGAGUGGAAGCAAGAGCGAAGCUGGAACCAGUGACAAAAUCUCCACCAGUGGUACAUUCCAAGUAUUUGGACCGGGUUUCAUUGGAAGGUCAAUGGGAAUCAUUAACACCGCCGGUCCAGAGGCAAGGCCAGCCGUUGCUCUCCGUACGGUCGGGGACCAAAUCGCCUUCUUCAACUGCAGGAUCAGCGGAUACCAAGACACCUUGUACAUGCAGUCCGGCCGACAGUUCUUCCGCAACUGCGUUAUCUCCGGACACGUGGACUACAUCUUCGGUGACGCCCGCGCAUACAUUCAGAACUCGUUGAUCAUCGUGAGGAAGUCAACCAACCCGCAGCAAAACCAAGCCUUCAUCACCGCUCCCGGAAGGCAGUUCAAGCACGAGAUCGGCGCCAUCAUCAUCCACAACUGCAGGAUCGUCCCCGAGCAGAAGCUCGUCCCCACGAGGUUCGAGGUGAGGACAUACUUGGGAAGGCCGUGGAAGCCCUACUCCAGGGCUGUCGUCAUGGAAAGCACUUUGGCAGACUUCAUCAGGCCGGAGGGAUACUCCGCUUGGGACGGCAAGGCCGGAAACACCCAACACGCCUUCUUCGGAGAGUUUAAGAACCGCGGCCCCGGUGCCAACCUUGCAAAGAGGGCCAGGUGGAGUGGUGAUGGCUUCUACGGAGAGAUGAACAGGGCCACCGCCGUGCAGUUCACAGCUCAACCCGCCCUGUUGGCUGAUCGCUGGUUGAAAUUCGCUAACAUUCCGUACCUCCCCGGCUUCAUUAGUACUGAUGCCUAA